UCAGCACCGACAUGGCCUCCCCGCGCCUCGGGACCUUCUGCUGCCCCACGCGGGACGCCGCCACGCAGCUCGUGCUGGGCUUCCAGCCGCGGGCCUUCAACGCGCUGUGCCUGGGCAGCGGCGCGCUCCGCCUGGCGCUCGGCCUCCUGCAGCUGCUGCCCGGCCGCCGGCCCGCGGCCCCCGCGGGGUCCCCCCCAUCCCCGCCGGCUGCGGCUCGCGCCCCCGCAUCCACCCGGAUCCUGCGCGCCGCUGUCGCCUGCGACGUGCUCGGCUGCCUGGGUGUCGUGGUCCGGGCGGCCGUGUGGCUAGGCUUCCCUGACUUCGUUCAGAACCUGCCUGUGGGGAACCAGACGGACAUCUGGCCUGCCGCCUUCUGCGUGGGGAGUGCGGUGUGGAUCCAGCUGCUCUACAGCACCUGCUUCUGGUGGCUGUUCUGCUACGCGGUGGACGCCUACCUGGUGAUCCGGAGGUCAUCGGGACUGAGCAUCAUCCUGCUCUACCACCUCAUGGCCUGGGGGCUGGCCGCGCUGCUCUGCGCCGAGGGGCUGCUCAUGCUCUACCACCCGUCCCUGUCCAGGUGCGAGCGGGGCCCGGCGCACGCCGUCCCGCACUACGUGAGCGCCUACCUGCCGCUGCUGCUGGUGCUGCUGGCCAACCCCGUCCUGUUCGGGAAGACGCUCACGGCAGUGGCCUCGUUACUCAAAGGGAGACAAGGCGUGUACACGGAGAAGGAGAGGCGGAUGGGAGCCAUGAUCAAGACCCGGUUCUUCAAAAUCAUGCUGGUUGUCGUCGUCUGUUGGCUGUCGAACAUCAUCAACGAAAGCCUUCUCUUCUACCUGGAGAUGCAACCGGACAUCAAAGGCGGCGCUUUGAAAUCUGUCCGAAAUGCGGCCAAGACCACGUGGUUUAUUAUGGGCAUCCUGAAUCCCGCCCAAGGGUUCCUCUUGUCGCUGGCCUUCUACGGCUGGACCGGAUGCCGCCUGGACGUCCAGUCUCCCAGGAAGGAGAUCCAGUGGGAGCCCAUGACCAGCUCGGCCGCCGAGCGGGCCUGCCCUGCCCACCAGGGCCCCUGCGUGCCCGGUGGCAGCCCCGCUUCCAGGAAGGUGGCGCGUGUGGGCGGGCACACGUCGGACGAGGCUCUGAGCAUGCUGUCGGGAGGGUCCGAUGCCAGCACGAUCGAAAUCCACAUUGCAAGCGGGUCCCGCCAGGCCAAUGAGGCGGAAGCUGUUCCCAAAAUCCAGGGAGACCUGUGACAGGGAAGGGGCCCGCCCCCCAUCCUCCGGCUCCACAGCCCUCGUUCCUCAGAAGUGUGUUCUCACCUUCCCAGCUCCUCGGUCAAGGUGUCCCGUCCGUCCCCCAGGCUCACUCUCCUCACCAUGUCAGCGCAUCUCCCCGAGGGCCCUCUUUGUGAAAAGAGAAGCGAGUGCGUGCCCUUGGGAGUGGAAGACUGCCUUCUAGCCCGUGGCUUCCACCCUCUGCGCCACGGGAAUAUGCACAGCACCAGUUCCCGCCUGCUUGGUCAGGGGCACCGGCCUCUUGCCCUUAGUUUGUCAAAUUAAAACAAUGACAAC